UUAAACAAACUAACCAUUCGAUGGCAUCUUCAUCGUCGUCUUUUCACUCCACUCCUCCCACCUCUUGGAAAUAUGACGUUUUUCUCAGUUUUAGAGGUACAGACACUCGCUACACCUUUGUGGAUCAUCUUUACACAGCUCUUGUACAACAAGGAAUCGGCACUUUCAAGGAUGACGAAGAACUUCCUCGGGGCGAAACCAUCCGUCCAUCGCUUUUGAAUGCUAUUGAAGACUCACAGAUUGUUGUCGUUGUAUUCUCUGAAAACUAUGCGGAUUCUUCUUGGUGCUUGCAAGAACUUGAACAUAUCAUGAAAUGCAAGGUUGAGAGAGACCAAAUUGUUAUUCCCAUAUUUUAUCACGUUGAUCCCUCGGAAAUCCGAAAUCAGAAAAGGAAAUAUGGAGAAGCAUUUGCCAAACACGAGUCAGAGAGGAGUAACGUUGAAUCCUGGAGAAAGGCAGUUGCGGAUGCAGGGAACCUAUCUGGACAUGUUGCCAAUGGGCCCGAGACAAUAUUCAUCAAAAAUAUUGUUAAAGAAAUUUUAAAAAGAUUGUGUACGGCAAUUCCAAGUGACAAUCAAGACCUGAUUGGAAUGGAGGAUCGCUUGCAAGAUUUUAAAUCAAAGUUAGCAAUCGAUUCGCAAGGUGUGCUGAUGGUUGGAAUAUGGGGGCUUGGUGGUGGUGGUAAGACUACUCUUGCACGUGCUGCUUAUGAUCAAAUCUCCAGCAAGUUCGAUGGUUUCUGCUUUAUGAGUAACGUUAGGGAAGAAUCACGCAGACAUGGUUUGAAAAAAUUGCAAAAAGAAAUUCUCUCAUGUGUUUUGAAACAAAAAAAAGAGGAAGUAGUUGGAGAUGUAAGCAGGUUGAUAGAGAGUAAGCUUCGUCGUAAAAAGGUCUUGCUGGUUCUUGAUGAUGUCGAUGAUGCUAACCAGCUAGAGGCAUUGGCGGGAUCAUGUGAUUGGUUUAAUGAAGGAAGCAGAAUUAUAAUCACAACUAGAGAUCAACAUAUACUGAAUACUCAUGGAGUAAAUGUGAUAUAUGAUAUUAGCUUGUUAAGUCACGACGAGGCUAUGAAGCUCUUUUGCAAGCAUGCAUUUCGGCAUGGUAACCAUAUAGGAGAUUAUGAAAGUCUUUCGAAUGAGGUUGUUUCUUAUGCUCGUGGGCUCCCGUUAGCACUUAAGGUUUUGGGUUCACUUCUUUGUGACAAAGACAAGAGUGAGUGGGUGAGCGCCUUGGCCAGACUAAAAGAUAUCCCUGAAGAUGACAUAGUGGAAACGCUAAAAAUUAGCUUUGAUGGACUUAAAGCCAAGGAGAAAGAGUUGUUCCUAGAUAUUGCAUGUUUUUUUAGGGGACACGGGUACCGUAAUAAGUGGGUGAUACUCGAAGCUUGUGGUUUUCACCCUAAAAUAGGGGUAAGGGUGCUGAUACAAAAGGCUCUCAUAACUGUGACAAAAGAAGGAUGGUUUGAUAUGCAUGAUCUGAUACAAGAAAUGGGACACUACAUCGUUCGAGGAAAAAACCCCCGAAAUCCAGAAAAACACAGCAGGGUUUGGAAGUGGGAGGAUGUUUUAACAAUAUGUGCUACGCCGACUAAAAAUGACAAGAUUGAAGCAAUAACAACUGAGUUUGUGUGUAAGCAAAGGGAGGAAGAGAAGGCGGCAGAUCUUCUUUGUGCUGUUGCAAACAUGAAGGAACUUCGGUGGAUUUCUUGCUCUCAAUAUCAAGCAACUUCAUUGCCAGGAAAUUUUCAAUCAACGAACCUAUUUUAUCUAGGGUUGGAAUUGAGCUCGCUAAAGCAACUUUGGAAGGGUUAUAAGCAUCUGCCAAAUUUGAAAGUGCUCAACCUCAGUGGUUCCCAACACCUUAUCAGGACACUAGAUUUUGACGGACUUCCAUGUCUUGAAAGAAUAAAACUCGACGGUUGUGUCAAUUUAACAGAUGUUCAUCCAUCAAUUGGAUGUCAUGAAAGGCUUAUUUACGUGGACAUGAGUUUUUGUACCGACCUUAAAAAGUUUCCACCCAUCAGAGGGAUGACAAAGUUGGAGACUCUUAUUCUCUCUUGUUGCCUUCAACUUUGCAUGUUUCCGGAGAUCCAAACGAACAUGGAUAACAUGGUAGAGCUUUCUUUGGACAGAACUGGAAUAAAAGUUGUACCCUCGUCAUUCGGAAAGUAUUGUACCAACCUUCUUUCUCUUGAUUUGGGAUCUUGCGAAAGUCUAGAGAGUAUUGAAGGCAACUUCCAUCACUUAAAACAUUUGAAAAGGUUUUCUAUCGCUGGAUGUAAAGAGCUUAAGAUACCAGCAGAGGGCCUCUUUGAUGUAAGAUGUUGUUUAGAGGUGCUUGAUUUAAGGUAUACAUCCUUCAAGAAUCUUCACCCAUGCAUCGUAAGCAUGAAGUUUCUUAGUUUUCCACCUUCCUUAAGAAGGUUGCAUCUUGUCUCGUGCGAUUGGAUAAAUGGAGACAUCUCAUCUGUUUUUUGCGAGUUAUCCAAACUACAAGUAUUAAAUCUACACCAAAAUGUUUUUUCACGAUUGCGUUGCAGCCUCUUGCAACUUUGUAGUCUCAAGGUCCUCAACCUGUCAUAUUGUUGUGACCUUGUAGAAUUACCAGAUCUCCCAUCAAGCAUAGCUGUUCUCCAAGCAUAUGGGUGCAAAAAGCUUAAACUUGUAGAUCUUCCACCAGAUCUUAAAUGGUUAUGGAGAAUCUCACUUCCAAUGAAUUGUAUAUUGGGUGAUAUGGAGAGAAAAGUACAAUCCAUGCUUCAGGGAAAUUCCAUUAAAGAUAACUCCAUCAGUCUCUCUUUCAAAGGUGAUAACAUUCGAUUAGAAGACUAUGCAAGGAUAAGAUCAAUGUUAGAGCUUCCUAGGAACUGGUACAACGAAUUCAGUGGAUUCUUAAUAUUCAUUAAAGUUAAAAUGCUGUUUAAUAUCUUCGGUGAUGUAAUUACUAUCGAGGACGUAAUGGGUAGGGAAAAUGAAGAUAUUUUGGAGGUGUCUGAUGGAACUCCCGAGAAGACACGGGAUGAGGUAUACAGGUGCUAUAUAUAUAUAUAUCCUUCGGUUCAUUGAGGCAUACCUCAUGGUGGAAGUCAACACACAGUACCAUUUCAUUUUCCAUAAAAAUAGGUACUUGCGUAAAAGUCGAACUUGUUCCUAGAAGUAAAGGUGAUCCAAUAGAAAGAGUCAAACAUACAACAAAUUCCUCAAAGUUUUGGGACACAGAACCUAUUGAGAUCACACAUGAUUCAAAAUCUUGUAUCGAGAUUAACUGGAUGCAUGCUAUGUCGAACCGGUUCUACGAUUAGAAUGUCUGAUAUUUUUUUUCA